AUGUUGACGGUAAAGAGGGUGGUGCUUCAUCCUAAAAUAUGCAGUAUUGACAACAUCCUGUCACUACUGAGAAGAUGGAACUCUACAACUGCAAAGUCAUUAAAGCCACAACAGCUUAAUCUUCCUAGAGUUAGAGAUACCCAAAACAUAAGUCAAAGAGUUGUCAACCUUGAAGGUCUUUUUGCAGGUUAUAAACCCCUUUUCUUGGGAAAUGGGUCGGCAGAAUUAGAUCCGUUGGCCAACAUAGACGAAUUUGAGGAUCUCUUUGGUCAAAAUGAAGAAAUGGGAGGUGAUCAACCAUUGGUCCCAUGGAAUGCGUCUAUUGGUGGGCUUCUUUAUAAUGACGAUGCAUUUCGUGGCGUGCCAAAGGAUGUGGUUAAACAACUUCCUUUCUUCAAACCACCUGAGGCUAAUAAGGAAGGUGGUAACCAAAAUAAGAGAUCCAAGUACAUCAAUUUCAAAGUUCACAACAAAAUUGUAGAUGGAGGGCUUUUUGAUAAUUAUCAAUCCAAUGCCAGGUCAAAAAAAGCCUUCAAGAAAAAGAGCAUUGUUACUGGUGCCAAUAAUAAGAUUAGCUUCACCCCCGGUAAUGUGGUGGAUGAUACUUAUGAUCACUAUGCCGACCUAUUUCUGGAUUAUUUAUACUCCAAUGAUAUUAAUUUGGAGCUUAUUAAAGAAAAAGAGCUGCUAUUGCAGUGCGUUAUCGAUAAUUUCAAAAACAAGCUUAAUAAUGAGUUGAGAAAGAAGUAUGGAACUGAAUUGUUAUCAAACACCCCGAUAUACAGAUUACCAAGAUACAUCUUUGUUCAAAGAAAGACCAUAUCUAGCAAGCUGUUGUUCAAAAAAAAGCUUUACAAGAUUCUUCUCAAGGAAACCGCAAUGUUAUAUCGAAUGUCUCAUGGCUUUAGAGCUACAGAGUAUAAUAAGGAUCGUUUCAGAAAAAGCUUUAUGAAAAAUGUCAAACUUUUGGUGAAUAAUCUUGUGAAAAAGAUUUCCAUAGAUUUCCAAAACCCUAAAUUUGCUGAUGCUUUGGUGAUCAAGAAAGUUUUAAAGUCAGCAAAUGGAAAUGCCAAGGAUAUCACGUUUGGAAGAAUAUAUUGGUUUAAUCCAAAGAGAAGAUUUGAUUUGAUCAGGAGAGGUAAACAGCAAACUGCAUUAUACCACGAACACUCGAAAUCUAUUAAAGGGUGGAUAUUGACCCCGAUGUCUCUUAUAUGUAGACAUGGGAUAGAACAGUUGAAAGUUGUGAAGGAAAAUAUCAAAACCGUUGACGAGAAUGAACAAAACCAUAACGAUAUAAGCAAUGACUCAAGAAAGUAG